GUAGGAUUUAGGAAGCAUGCCCACCGACAAUAUCCGGGAAGCAAAAUCUAUGAAUUCCAAUGUCAUUAUUUGCAUUGUAAUAUCAAUAUAAAAAUAAAUGCGGUUGGGAUACAAGUUUUAGUUAAUGUAUUGCUCGUCAUUUUUUUGCUAUAGUAGCAACUGUACUCGUUUAUAUACGUAAUAUAAUUUAAUCACUGUUAACUUCAAAUACGACGAGGUGAACACUGGAUUUCGAUCAAGAAAAAGAAACACAGCCAGCCAGAAUAAAAAGAAAGUGAAGUGCAGCAUAUCUACAGCCGAAGACUUUCCCCUCUGUAUUUGGUUUUUGAAAGAAUUCACCAUGGCCGACUAUCGAAUCCGAAAAUAUGAGGACGAUGAUUACGAAGCAGCCAGGGAUAUUUUUGCCAGUGGCAUGAGCGAACACUUCCCAGGCAUCUUUAUGCAUGCCCUCAAGCAGCCUUGUUCCCAGUUGUUCCUCGUGUGUGUUCUCUGCGCUCUGCUCCUGAGCUCCAAAUCCUUCCUCUUCCCCAUCCUGGCAGUCACCUUACUGCUUGCAGCAGGGCGUCAGGGAGUUGUCUACUUAUCCAGCAAGUACAUUGAGCUGAGCUUGAAUGCUGAUCUACUGGAUAUCAACAAAACAUACAUGGAGAGUAAAGGCUCUUGUUUCUGGGUGGCAGAGAGUAAUGAUAUUGUGGUUGGCAUGGUUGCUGUCAUGCCUUCCAAGAAAGAGGCAGGCACCUUGGAGUUGAAGCGCCUGUCUGUGAGAAAUAACUACAGAGGCCUGGGCAUUGCCAAAGCGCUGUGCAGGACAGUGUCAGACUUCGCCCGUUUGAAUGGCUACCAGGCUGUGGUUUUGAGUACAUCGGUUGUCCAGUAUGAAGCGCAGAAGCUUUAUGAGGGAGUUGGUUAUAAAAAGACCAAAGAAUAUGUUUUUGACUCCAUUCCAGGGAAGAUCAUGAACUUCACAAUUUAUGUGUACAGAUAUGACAUUGCUACUCCAAACUGAAGAAAAGGUACACAGUAGCAGUGGCAAAUAUACUUGGGCCAGAUUUGCUGAAGUCUUUACUCCUAAAAUUAUGAAAGGAAAAUAAAUAGCAACAAACCAAACCAAAAGUUUAGAGACCCAAAAGUAUUACAAAAUGGUUUGUUAUGUAUCUUUUAACAUCCAACGUUAAAAGGAAUUGAUUCCACGUUGGUGUAAAAACCUUGGUAGAUCUGGCUUUUGUAACUAAAUGACAACAUGCAACAAACAUCUUCCAAAGGGUUACAAGCAGCAACAUUUGAGCAUUAAUAACUUGCAAACUAAGAGAUGAUCAAAUGUCUGUCACUAAAAUCAGAAAAAGCUAAAAUCCAGCUUAUCUAGACUUUGGACUUUAUAUGCAAAAACUCUUAUUGAAUGUAAGUCGUAUCACUUCAGACUUUAGCUGUAGGAAUUGUGGAUUAGCUGGUUAAUUUAUGAGCUACCAAAUUGUCUAAUAUAUCUCAUCCUGUUCUGGUAGAGCCUUGCUUAUUAAUUGCUGUCAUUUUAUAGGCAUAGAUCAAGUACCCCAGCAAAUGGGGUUUGACGUUAGAUAAUCCUCAGUGAGUGUGGUUACCUAGUUUUGAGUAAUUUGGAUUUUAAAAGCUAUGUACACAAAAAUGUUCACAAAACAUGUUGGGCUGAAUUAUCACAGCCAUUUACUCCAAAUCGUCUUUAGCCCAUUUUCAGAGAGGAGGAAGGCAUCCGAUAAAGUUCCUCAAAUAAACGACUAAGACUUUUAACUUAGGAACUUGUAAGUGUUAACCUAAUAACAAGUAGUGUUAACCUAAUUAAGGGAAAAAUUUCCUUAAGCAGCAUUCUGCACCUCCCAAGGGUUUAAAUAACUCUGGGUGUUACAUGCAACUGGCCUUUGGAGUGUUUAAGCAAUAGCUUGGUGUUUUAUUAUUGAAAAUAAUAUUUGGAUAAUGACUUUUAAGUAUUAAUGUCUUGGUGUUUCAGUCCUAGCAGGUGAUCUGAAAUGUAAUUGUGUACCCUACUUUAUGUGAUUAAUGUUAACAUGCCAAACCCACAUGUUUGAUUAUAGAAUUGGUGAUCUCUUGCUAUUUUAGAAAUGUCACUGCAGCCUGUUACAGUAGUAAAUAAUGCAUUUUCUGGACAUGUAACCAAUCAGGGCAGUAGAAAAACUCAAAUCAUCAUAAAAGAAUGUAAUGUUUCUGUCAUGUCACCAAUUAUGUUGUUUGAUUUCAGUGUGCGGUUUUUUGUUUUGUUUUUGCUCUGUAAAAAUAUAAUUUAGGAAAGGCUAAGAAAAAUAAUCUUAUUUGGGAGCCUUGCAAAAAUAAUGUCUAAACAUUAUAAAUAAUUGUAUAAUGAUGUAAAACAAAUAUAGGCUUAUGUUUGAUGUGGGUUGGUGAGUAAAGGAUGUACAGUUCUGUUCAUAGGAAAUGUGUAUUUUUAUUUAUUUAUUUAUAA